GCUCCGCUGAACACAAGCGGCCGAAGAACAGACGCGUCACGUGACUUGCGUUUGUGGCCUCGUCGAGUGUGUUUGUGACUGAAUCGAUUAUCAAACUUUGUGUUUAAAUUUCCAUAUCAGCGUCGGUUUGGUGUUCGGUGUCCCGCGAGUGAAGCUCCGAUCCCCGCAGAUGGCGUCUGGAUCACCGUGUGUGAACAGCAGAUGGGAUCGAGCCAAAGCGGACGUCCUGCCCAAUGACCCGCAUGCGUCUGGCGGCUCCGCGGACGCGUCUGAUCCUCCGCAGGGCGGCGUGGAGAUGGCGGCGGCGAUGGCGGCUAAAAUCAACGCCAUGCUGAUGGCCAAAGGCAAACUGAAACCACUCCAGCCGCUGCCCAGUAAAGCGCCACCCAUCUCUGCUCUUCCAGUCGCCGCCGAUGAGCUCGUCGUGGCUGAAGUCGACAUAAACGACGUGCCGAUCGACUGCAGGAAUCUGCUGACCAAAGGCAAAACACAGGAGGAGAUCGCUCAGUUCAGCGGCGCUGCGGUCUCCACUAAAGGCCUCUACAUGAGCGACGCGGAGAGAUGCAACAGCACAGGCGUGGCGCGACCGCUGUAUCUGCAGGUUCAGGGCCGCUCUCAGGACAACGUCAACAAGGCAGUGGCCAGAAUAAAGCAGAUCAUCUCUGAGGACGUCCUGCGCUCGGCAGGUGGACAGACGCCCGCAGUGAUGCCCACUGUACCUGUGUACCGUCAGCCAAUCACAGCCGCCGCUCCGCCCCUGCCUGCCACUCGAGGUGCCGGCGCUCCAAUCAUCCCCGGACACAAACCGGCCCCGCCCCACUCAGGGAGUUUUGUGCACACUAAGAUAUUUGUAGGACUGGACCAAUCGCAGCCGUCCUUUAAUGUGAACGAGCGCGUGGAGGGUCCGUCCGGCUCGUACCUGCAGCACAUUCAGUCUGAGACCGGCGCUCGUGUUUUCCUCAGAGGCAAAGGAUCGGGCUACAUCGAGCAGGCGUCCCGCCGCGAGUCCUUCGAGCCGCUGUACCUGUACAUCAGCCACCCGAACGCUGCGGGACUGGAGGCGGCCAAGAAGCUGUGCGAAAAUCUCCUGGACACGGUGCGGGCGGAUCACACGCGGUUCCUGUCGGCGUUUCCCUCCACAGGUUCUGCUCCAGUUUACCCGACACACGGAUACUCUGCGAAUAACAGCUACGGCAGCCAGUCGUGGUACAGCUACCCGUCCAACGGCUACUCGAGCUCGUAUCCCACAUACUGGAACAACUGCAGCGGAGCGUCCGGCCAAUCACAGCUGAGCAGCGGCCCGGUGCAGUAUCCUGUGCGCAAACAGAGCGCCUUCCUGCUGCAGGAGGAGGAUGCAGCGGCAGACAGAGCAGACGGCAGCUCCAGCCCGAAGCAACACUCCACAGAAGAGGAGCAGAAAACACAGAUCUCCACAGAUGUGUCAGUGAAGGACGUCAGUGUUGCAGAGGACAGCAGGACGUUGAUGCCGCCACCAGCUGCUCCAAUCAGAAAGAGAUUACGAGAAGAGACCUGCAGCAAAACCCUCACACACACAGCUGAAGAACAGCAGGUGAAGAAGAUGAAGAAUUCAGAAGAUUCCAGCAGCUGCUCUGGACUUGUCCCGUACGGAGGAGACUCAUCGGAUGAGGAAGAGGAGCGCAUGCGCAGCGGGAGUAAGAGCGCGGUCUGAACUGCAGCAUCAGACUUUAUUUCAUCACAUGUUUUACUCGCAGGACUGAUGUGGAUCUGUUCCUAUGGAAUAAUAAAGAAGUAAACGCCA